UUUGUUCAUUUUUAAUCAUUAUGUUGUACUUGAUGUGUUUGGAGCUUCACUGGAUUAUUGAGCGCAUCAACAUGAGUCCGCCUUAAUCAGGCUUCGUUUGCUCAAAAAUUGACGCAUUCGACGAUAAUGGACAUUGGGAAUUUUGCGAUUGUACUACAUUUCCUAAACGUUCCCAAUGUCAGAAACAGAAGACUUCGAGUGGAAUGAAAUUUGCGUCAAAAUAGCUUAUGAAGAAGAGAAACUUUUGAAAGGGCACGGAUUUCACGAGAUUCCUUCUAGCUCGAAUGCUCAGACAGUACAAAAUAGUAGACUCAAAAUAUCUCGCUCAUUCCAACCCCAUCCUGAGACGUUUGGUGCUUUCAAUAGAGAAACGGAAGCUUCUUCCACUUCCGACAAGGAUCCUUCACCAGAUUCGGCUAAACUUUCAAAAGGUACAAGUGACGGCUUUACAUUGAAUCAGGCACGUCCUACAAGAAUGGUUGAGUUAGAGUCUGUAUUGAUGAAGAAGCAAGGGGAAAUUUCCAUUUUACGUGAAAGAUUGGAAAAACUGGAAAGAGAAAAGUUUGAGGCAAUAGAAGCUUGCAGGCUUCUCCGACAAGAUAGCCACAAACGAGACUCUUCACUUCCAUGUUCCUCUAGGGAAGAAAUCAACCAGCUUCAUGCAGAAGUCACGAGGCUGCAGAAAUUGAACGAAUUUUAUCACCAGGAAAUCAAUUCUUUAGAAGUGAAUAGAAAAGUAAAUUCCUUUUUGCAGGACGGAAGCGGAGAUAAGGACCUUCCGGCUCGUUUAGAUGCAGAGACGACACAGAAGAACUCAAGAAAUAUUCUUCGAGGACAUCUUACUCAGUUGACAAAGCCCGGUAAGAGAGUAAAAAAUGUUUUGGACGAAUUUGAGACGGUAGUCAAUGAACUGAAUCAACAUGAUCAAAGUCGUCCUGUCCCGAAUUCCGCGUUUGGUUUUUAUGACAAAAGACGACCUAGACAACUAAUUUUAGAUGAAGAAAUACCUGAUAAGAGGUAUUCGUUUCACACUGCCGUAUCUUUUCAUAUUUUUCCGGAACCGAAUACUGGUGUUACCAAUGAUAUGACGCAAGACCGUGCAGAGAAGUGUUUAGUCAAUACUAUGAAUCUUUUAACUGGUGAUGAGUUGAUGGCAUUGAGACGACUUGUUCUCAAUUCUGAGGAGCAUUUAUCAAGUAAUCUUCUUAGAUUCCUAAAUAUGUACUCAGAAGAAGACUAUAGUGUGUUGAAAGACACCACCCCGAAUCUGCUCAAGUUUAUAGAUUCCUUGUUGCAAAUUCUUGAAAGCGGAUACUCAAUGACGUCACUCGAAGAUGCAAGCAGAAUCCUUCAUUCUGUCCUUUUAAAGAUCAAAGAAUUUUGCCAUACAUUGGACCUUUCAAAUUGUAUUAGUUUAGAACGAAUUCUUGCUCUAGUUCAAAGAAUGAUGGAAGAAACAAUACCUUUGAAAACUUUUUUCAAUGUUAUAGAAGGUACAGUUAUCAUUUUGGAGGGGUUUUUACUACAACGUGUUUCGUCAGACGAUAUUGAAAUCAUUUUUCGCUUCUUGAGACAUUUUUCGACAAUACAACAAGAAGAAAUCUUCUUAUCUGCCCAUUCGUCGUUGCUUUAUAUGUUGAUGUUGAUAAUCGAUAUUUUAUUCACAGGACAAGAAUACGUAAAAUCGAAGCAAAGCAUGUACUCAGGUUAUAUCGUUCAGUUGGGGACAUUACUUUUGUCAUCGUCUUCCUUAUGCUUUCAGCGUGCUGGAAUUUAUCUUGGCUAUAAAUUGAAGGAAGUUUUGACUUGCUCGUCUGAAAUUCACGACUAUACUUCUUUGACGGAGAUGUUGAUAUGUAUUACGAUUCGAGAAUAUCUCAUGCUUUUACAAUAUGAAUAUUCUACAUAUUUCAAUCAGCCCAAGUUAAGUUGUAUAUCGCAGAGGCAGCCUUCAUGGCAGCGAAUAUUUGUUGAAAAGCUAGGAAACAAUCGGUUCACAAUGUCAGAGUCAGUUUUGUUUUUUCAUUAUUCACUGCGAACUUGUCAUUUUAUGAUUUAUUACUUGAAGGACCGAAAUUGUUCCUUAAACUUUCUGUUGGAUUACAGUGUACCAUUGUUUUCCAUGUUGAAGGCAAUGUUCGAGGAUCGACGCAAGGCCUUAGGAAACCUCAAGGAAGCUUAUGAAAUCUCACUGGUUAUCUGCGAUGUGAUAAAAGGAAUAGAAGUUAAUGGAAUUAUCAAAUGACGUUGAGAAAUACCCAUCUUACAUGGCCAUGUACCAAUAUUUUAUG